UGAGGAGCGGAUUCUUGGUGUGGGCAGCCUCGCCGAACGAAAAGAUUCAGGAGAAAGAUAGAUAUAGGGAGAUACUUUUGUGUGAUUAUGUCGGUAAUAAUGUGACGGAACCUUAAACACAUCAUUUCACACGCGCUGCACCCAUACCCCGCUUAUACGCAAAGGAUGCCUUAUGGAUGUGUUAUUAGAGCGGAAAUGUUAAGUACUGUAUUUCAAUUAUGAAACACUUUUAGGCUGGGGUACAUGCAGGCGCUAAAACACCUCAUGUUUGGGUGAAUGGAAUGAACACCUUUGGAUACUAAAACCGAGGACGAAAACGAGGAGAAUCCGAAUUGUUUGUUGAUAGUUUUUUUGUGUAUUGAUUUGAGUUAAGUUGUUUUCACUGAAGUGGGAAAGAAGGGUCAGAGGGAGAGGGAAGGAAUAGGAGAGCCAACGGUGGAGAUUCUGCUAUAAACGCCAGACCAGGAUUUGUGUCUGGAAUCUGACCAGGAUUUAGACAGAAUUCCAAAAUAUUACAAAGGGAAAGGUUCUAUGAAGAGACCGUGGAGUUCCGAGAGAGCUCGAGACUAAAAACCAUGCCUGGCGCAUGAUGCCCAUAAACCCGCUGUAGCGACCACCUGGAAACUAUACAGCCCGCAAGACGCACGCACGUACCGACUCUUUUCCUCCCCUCCUGCUCGCUCUUCUCUCUUCCCUUCUUCCCUGCACGCGCGAUUCGGGCUGCACUUUUGCCACGAGAAUCCAUCAUGCGAUGACUGAGCGCGCUUUGGGCACAUCUACUGAUUCUAUUACAGGGGGUGAAUGAUGGAUGAGGAUGGGGGAAAUCUCCCCGGUGACCUCCGCGCCAGGGACACAGAGGGGCGCUUCUCUCUCCCCAGAACUUUCAUACGGCUCAACGACCUGUCUGGGGCCGGAGGAGGAGGCGUGGAACGCAGCGAGGUGGAGCCAGUAUCACCGGGACCUGAUGGACUCUCUACAUCCGGGGAGGAGGCCUCGGCAGGCGGGGAUGAUGAGCUGCCUCACCCCACCCUGGCUCCAGUCGUGUUUUUCUACCUGAAACAAACCACCCCUCCGAGGAGCUGGUGUCUGAAGAUGGUCUGCAACCCGUGGUUUGAACGAGCCUCCAUGCUGGUGAUCUUGUUGAACUGCGUCACCCUGGGGAUGUUCCAACCCUGUGAGGACCACGACUGUGAGUCGGAACGAUGCAAGAUCCUGGAGGACUUUGAUGACUUUAUCUUCGCGUUCUUUGCGGUGGAGAUGGUCAUCAAGAUGGUGGCACUGGGCAUCUUUGGGAAGAAGUGUUAUCUAGGAGACACCUGGAACAGGCUCGACUUCUUUAUCGUACUGGCCGGAAUGCUAGAGUACUCUCUGAACCUGCAGAAUGUGAGUUUCUCAGCGGUGAGAACGGUUCGAGUUCUGAGACCCCUCCGAGCCAUCAACAGAGUACCUAGUAUGCGUAUUCUGGUGACCCUGCUACUGGACACCCUGCCCAUGCUGGGGAAUGUCCUGCUGCUCUGUUUCUUUGUCUUCUUCAUCUUCGGCAUUGUGGGCGUGCAGCUGUGGGCGGGGCUACUGAGAAACCGCUGCUUCCUGCCUGAGAACUUCUCACUUCCUCUGUCCGUCGAGCUCGGCAACUAUUACCACACGGAGAACGAUGACGAGAACCCCUUCAUCUGCUCCAUGCCCAGGGAGAACGGCAUGCGCCUGUGUUCCUCUGUGCCCACCCUGUAUGAGGAGGGAGGUCUCCAGUGUCAGAUGGACAUGAAGUCCUACAACAGCACAGACAACACCACCUGUAUCAACUGGAACCAGUACUACAGUAACUGCUCGGCGGGACACGUCAACCCCUUCAAAGGGGCCAUCAACUUUGAUAACAUCUGCUACGCCUGGAUCGCCAUAUUUCAGGUGAUCACGCUGGAGGGCUGGGUGGACAUCAUGUACUUUGUGAUGGAUUCUCACUCCUUCUACAACUUCAUCUACUUCAUCCUCCUCAUCAUCAUUGGCUCUUUCUUCAUGAUCAACCUGUGUCUGGUCGUCAUCGCCACCCAGUUCAGUGAGACCAAGCAGAGGGAGAGCCAGCUGAUGAAGGAACAGCGUAUCCGUUUCCUGUCCAACGCUAGUACCCUGGCCUCCUUCUCCGAGCCGGGCUCCUGCUACGACGAGCUGCUCAAACUCCUGGUCCAUGUCAUCCGCAAGGGGUGCAGGCAGGUGGCCCAUGUCUGUCGGGCCUUGAUGCGCCGUGCUGGGAUGAACAUCGCAGCCUCUCCCCUGCCCGAGCGAGAGAGGGGGAGCCAGAGAAGGAGGAGGAAGGCUUCCAGACAGGGUUCUGUGGUCUCCAGAAAAGGGUCGAUGUCCGUUCAUCACUUGGCUCACCAACACCAUCAUCAUCAUCAUCACUAUCAUCUAGUGAAUGGGAGUGUGAGGGGGGGACUAGGGGGUAGGGGGGUGGAGGGGGUCAGGGGAGGAGGGGCGGACGUGGAGACGGGUUCACAUAGCAACAACGGUGGCGCUGGACGGCUCGUGUUGGGUCCUCCUCCAUCGACCUCUGACCUGAACUUGGCGACCCCGGCGUCACCAGCCAAUCCCGCGCUGGGCAUCAUAUGCCACACAGACUGCCACCUGGAGCCCACCACCCCCACUACCCUCACCCCUACCCCUAGCCCCUUCUCCCUGGCACCCAUCCCCAUGUCCAGGGCUAUGAAGAGGAACUCAGUGCCCUUUGCUGCCCCCGGUCCUAAGAACUACCCCACCCUACAGCCCAGGGCACUAAUGGAGUCUAGAAGUGUCAGUGUUACAGCUAGUACCAUCAGUAAUAUAAACCUCAACCUCAAUAUACCACCACUAACCUUGGAGAGGGGACCACAGAGUCUGGUGGACACACACACACCCACGUCAGCCCAGCUAUCCAACCGUGACCUGAGUGUCAUCGGAACCCUGGACCCCUCGUUCCCCUUUGACCCAGAGUCAUGCCCAUACUGUGCUAAGGCCCUAGCAGGGGAGUCAGAGGGCACGGACGGAAACGAGAACCCCGGGGACUCAGACAGCGAGGGUAUCUACGAGUUCACCCAGGACCUCCACCACAGAGACCGCAGGGACCGUCGGGACAGCCGUCAGCCCAGGAAGGGGCAGCGAAAGCUGGGUACCACGGCAGGGCGAGUGGUCCGGGCCUGGAGGCUGGUGUGUGACACCUUUAGGAAGAUAGUCGACAGCAAGUACUUUGGAAGAGGGAUCAUGAUCGCCAUUCUGAUUAAUACACUGAGUAUGGGGAUUGAAUACCACGAACAGCCUGAUGAGCUGACCAAUGCGUUGGAGAUCAGUAACAUAGUGUUCACCAGUCUGUUUGCCUUGGAGAUGUUACUCAAGGUGUUGGUCUAUGGGCCAUUCGGAUACAUCAAAAACCCCUACAACAUUUUUGACGGAAUCAUAGUGGUCAUCAGUGUAUGGGAGAUCGUGGGCCAGCAGGGCGGUGGUCUGUCUGUGCUGCGUACCUUCAGACUGAUGCGCGUGUUGAAGCUGGUGCGCUUCAUGCCCGCUCUGCAGAGGCAGCUGGUGGUGCUGAUGAAGACCAUGGACAACGUGGCCACCUUCUGUAUGCUACUCAUGCUCUUCAUUUUCAUCUUCAGUAUCCUGGGCAUGCAUCUGUUUGGCUGUAAGUUUGGAUCAGAGAGAGAUGGAGACACUCUACCAGACAGGAAGAACUUUGACUCUCUGCUCUGGGCCAUCGUCACUGUGUUUCAGAUCCUAACUCAAGAGGACUGGAACAAGGUGCUGUAUAAUGGUAUGGCUUCCACCACUCCUGUGGCAGCUCUCUACUUCAUCGCCCUCAUGACCUUUGGGAACUACGUCCUCUUCAACCUGCUGGUGGCCAUCUUGGUCGAAGGCUUCCAGACUGAGGCUCCCCCUGUCUCUCUACCCUCCACCACCCCUCUGCACGAUGCCACGGCUGUUGAGACUAACCAGGGAGAAGAAUCCAAGUCAGUGUCGGAGGCAGAUUUAUCCUCGAGGAGUAUGGAGGACGUGAACGGCAGUAGAAAGGAUGUGUCUGGCUCCCCGGUAGUCCCAAUAAACGGUCAUGUUGACCUGAAGACCAGUCUGACCCCUCCUCUGAUUACCCAUACUGCUGCCACCCCCAUGCCCGUUCCCAAGCUGCCCGCCGUGGGUGACCCUGCCCUGGGCUACGAAUCCCGACGCGGCAGCAAUGUCUCCAUGGACCUAGCCUCUUACGACAAGUCUCCGACCAGUGCCCGUAGCACCUCCCCUUACGCCCCGUGGUGCUCUGCCAGUGGCUGGACCAGCCGUCGAUCGAGCUGGAACAGCUUAGGCCGUGCCCCCUCGCUCAAACGAACAAAGCUUCAGUCUGGCGAACGACGGUCGCUCCUCUCCGGCGAGGGAGGGUCCAGUUCGGAGGAUGAGGAGGGGGGAGGAGGGGGGACAUCGGAGGGGGACGAUGCAUCCCUGUGUCAUAUUAACUCCAUGUCCCAGCCCAGACACAGGAGAAUGGAGUCGGUGGAGACCAGGGGGUCCAUAGACCUGGCCCCCGACACACUGCUACAGGUGCCCUACCUGUAUCGCUCAGCCAGUAUGCACAGCUCCAGACCCCCCUCGUUAGGAGGCCUGAGAGCCCCAGAACACAGUGACUGUAAUGGGAAGGGUACUUCGGCCCCUGGCGGGGCCCUUGCCCCUACACAGCUCUCCCUGGAGGACAACACAGAGGACGACGCAGCAGAGGAGGAGGUGGUCGUGGGUCAUUUUGCCAGGCUGUCAGGCUGGCUGGACAGGAAACAGCCAGAGUGGUGUCGACAGAGAGAUACCUGGUCCCUGUACAUAUUACCCCCAGACUCCAGGUUUCGGAUGGCGUGCAAUAAGAUCAUAACCCACAAGAUGUUUGACCACAUUGUUCUGGUCAUCAUCUUCCUCAACUGCAUCACCAUCGCCAUGGAGAGGCCGAGGAUAGACCCAUACAGCGUGGAGCGUAUCUUCCUCACGUUAUCCAACUACAUCUUCACAGCAAUCUUCGUGGCUGAGAUGACAGUCAAGGUGGCUGCACUGGGCUGGUUAUUUGGUGAUAAGGCCUACCUGAGGAGCAGCUGGAACAUUCUAGAUGGGAUUUUAGUGAUGAUUUCAGCCAUAGAUAUCCUGGUCUCAUUGGUAUCGAACAGCAGCCCCAAGAUACUGGGCAUGCUCAGAGUGCUGCGCUUGCUACGGACGCUCAGGCCACUACGUGUUAUCAGCAGGGCGCCAGGUCUGAAGCUGGUAGUGGAGACUCUGAUGUCAUCUCUGAAGCCUAUAGGGAACAUCGUGGUCAUCUGCUGUGCUUUCUUCAUAAUCUUUGGUAUCCUGGGAGUACAGCUCUUCAAGGGGAAGUUCUUUGCAUGUCAGGGAGAUGACGUGAGAAACAUCACCAACAAGUCAGACUGUAUAAUGGCCAACUACAAAUGGGUUAGACAGCAGUACAACUUUGAUAACCUGGCACAGGCACUGAUGUCUCUCUUCGUGCUGGCUUCUAAGGAUGGUUGGGUGGAUAUCAUGUAUGAUGGAUUAGAUGCAGUGGGAGUCAACCAACAGCCACAGCUGAACUACAACCCGUGGAUGCUCCUCUACUUCAUCUCCUUCCUGCUCAUCGUCAGCUUCUUUGUGCUCAACAUGUUCGUGGGCGUGGUGGUGGAGAACUUCCACAAGUGUCGUCGCAGCCAGGAGGCCGAGGAGGCCAAGCGCAGGGAGGAGAAGAGACUGAAACGGAUGGAGAAAAAGAGACGGAAAGCUCAGAGUAAGCCUUACUACUCGGAUUACUCCCCCACUCGUCUCCUCAUCCACAAGAUGUGCACCUCCCAGUAUCUGGACCUCUUCAUUACCAUUGUCAUCGCACUCAAUGUCAUCACCAUGGCGAUGGAACACUACCAACAGCCAAAGGAGUUGGACGAGGCGCUGAAGAUCUGUAACUACAUCUUCACCAUCGUCUUUGUCCUGGAGUCUGUUUUCAAGCUGGUGGCCUUUGGCUUCCGGCGUUUCUUCAAGGACAGGUGGAACCAGCUGGACCUGGCCAUAGUGUUGUUGUCCAUCAUGGGCAUCACUCUGGAGGAGAUUGAGGUCAAUGCAUCCCUGCCCAUCAACCCUACUAUCAUCAGAAUCAUGAGAGUGCUAAGGAUAUCCGCAGUGCUGAAGCUACUGAAGAUGGCAGUGGGGAUGAGAGCGUUGCUGGACACUGUCAUGCAGGCUCUGCCUCAGGUGGGGAAUCUGGGUCUCCUCUUCAUGCUGCUCUUCUUUAUCUUCGCAGCACUGGGAGUGGAACUGUUUGGUGAUCUCAUUUGUGAUGAGCUGCACCCGUGUGAGGGCUUGGGACGCUACGCUACAUUUAAGAACUUUGGCAUGGCCUUCCUGUUGCUGUUCAGAGUAUCCACAGGAGACAACUGGAACGGCAUUAUGAAGGACACCCUGCGAGACUGUCAACAGGAGAAUGCAGGCACCUGUUACAACACGGUGGUCUCUCCUAUCUACUUUGUCUCCUUUGUGCUGACUGCCCAGUUUGUCUUGGUCAACGUGGUCAUAGCCGUCCUCAUGAAGCACCUGGAGGAGAGCAACAAAGAGGCCAAGGAGGAGGCAGAGCUGGAGGCUGAACUAGAGCUGGAGCUCCAGCAUGGAGGAAGGGGAGGGUGUGGCAGUGGGAGAUCACCCCAGCUAAGCCCUCUGGCCCUGGGCAUGGAGGAGGGAUCUGGCGGCUCCCCCUGGAGGUCUCCAGAGAGGGAGAUCCAGAGGGGCAAUGUGAUGGGUUCUCCCCCAGCAGAUAUCACUAGAAGAGACUCCAUACACAUCAGCACUGAUGCUCCGCUAGGCCUGGAGCCACCACUAGAGCGAAGAGCGAUGUUUGACUCGGUCUCCUCGGUGAUCCAGGGUUCGAUGGAGGGAGAGUUGAGUCUGAUGGACAACCUGUCAGGGUCAAUAUGUCACUACUACGCCCUACCCCCACUACCCAGCAAGCACUGCAGUGACAAGAAGAUCCCUCUAGCGGAGAUGGAAGCUCUCUCUCUGACCUCCGACAAAUCCUGGUCCCUAGCUCUCACCGACGACUCCACCCCUGAUGAUAUUAACCCUCUCUUACUAACCAGUCUGGAGUCCAACGUGGAGUUACUUGAUCCUGGGGAGCCGCUGGAGGACAACCUGUUGACUGUACGGAAGUCAGCGGUGAGCCGCACCCACUCUCUACCCAAUGACAGCUACAUGUUCCUGCCUCUGGAGCCCUUCGGACCCCCAGGAGCCGGCCUGGUUCCUGGCUUAUCUCCAGUACUGACACAGGCUACAGGGCCGCAGCACAAAGAGGCACUUAGCAGCGCCCUGUCAGGCUCCAGUACCUCGGUGCGGUCCCAACCAGAGGAGAGCUCCCAGCAGUCGGCUGUGCCUACAGACUUCUUCAGACCCAUCAGUCCUCACAGCCUCUCAGACUCAGAGAAUAUACCCCGACUACCCCCGCCACAGCACACACACACACUUAGCCGCACACUCCGCAGACAGGUGGCAGUAUCUAAUGAUUCCCAGGAGGCUCUGUGGUCUGACGGAGGGGAGUGUGAGGAGGGGGUCCUAAAUGUAGCUUCCCUAGCCCUCCCCCUUUCCUCCUCCUCUUCCUCAUCCUCCCAUCUUCACCAGCAGCCUUCUCUCUGGCUGGUCCCUGCCACCCCAGGGGCGUCCCCUCAACUGUCGCGCCCCAGUAGUGUUCACACCCAACACCCCUUCUCAAACCAUGACCAGCACCACCUCUCCUCCUCACCCAACUCCCCCUCCUCCCUCUCCUCACCCCCUCCUCCCCUCCCCUCCACUCGCCCCUGGAGACAGGAAGAGGCCUCGGCAGACCACGAGGUGUCGCUCAUCAACCGGGCGGGGCUGGCGGGGAGUGAGGAUGUCACCGGUGUCGGACUGGGGUCAGAGGGAGGAGGGCUCAAUGGCAGUUACCAAGGUCAUGAGGUUGGCUGUGGUGAGGGGAGCCGGCCGUGCCUGAGACAGCUGAAGAAGUUCCACAGCGCUGACGCCCAGGGUCGGAGCAUUCUAGCGUCCCGGCCACGCCCCCUGUCCUGGUUGGACGAUCCUCGGCGCCACUCAGUGGAGGUGUGUUCGUCUGUAGAGUCCAGUCCCCAGUGCAGCACCACGUCCUCGGGGUUCGUCUCCCGAGCAGACAGCCUCCAGAUCCAUUCCCAGACCACAACAAAGACCCUGCCCUCUCCCCGACGCAAGAAGAAAAUGAGCCCCCCGUGUAUUUCCGUAGACCCCCCUGAUGGACUGGAGUCCCAGCCCGGCCUCCACCCUACCCUGGGAGGUUUGGGGGGCCUAGGGAUGCCCCCUCCCUUACCCAGCCGGGAUACCUCCUGUCUGAGGAGACGGGCUCCCUCCAGUGACUCCAAGGACUCCUUUGACCUCGGGGCAGGGGAGGGGCUGGGCCAGGAGGGAGGGGGGCCCAACCCCAAGCUGUUAACUCUGCCCAGCUUCUCCUUCGAGAAGACAAGCUCUGAGCACUGAACACUCACACACACUGAUGUACACACACACACACACACACUAACACACACACACACACACACACACACACACACACACACACACACACACA